AUGGCGCUGGUCGCUCGCUUGCUUUCCCGUUUGCUGUUCUCCCGGCCGCUAUCCGGCGGGGCCGCCCGACUGCGGACUCCUGGUGCGGCCGAGGUGAGGCCACCGUUGACUGUACUCUGCAGUUCCUGUCGCCGCCGCCUCGGCUCGGGAGUGGCCCUGUUUCCUCGCGGAGGUCGGGAAGACGCGCUCCCUGUUCGGCGCCCCAGGUGCCGCCUACUUAAUCCUCUGGUGUUCCCCGCAGCCCUCACCUCUUUGCCUGCCCGCCCUCGGCGCAGCUACAGCACCGAGGAGCAGCCCCAACCGCGCCAGAAAACCAAAAUGAUCAUCCUGGGAGUCUCCAACCCUAUCAACUGGGUCCGGACUCGAAUUUACGCCUUCCUUAUCUGGGCUUAUUUCGACCAAGAGUUCAGCAUCGCAGAGUUCACUGAGGGGGCGAAGCAGGCUUUUGCCCAUGUAUCAAAAUUGCUGUCACAGUGUAAAUUUGAUCUUUUGGAAGAACUUGUGGCCAAAGAGGUGCUGCAUAUAUUGAAAGAAAAGGUUAUCUCACUGCCUGAAAACCAUAAAAACGCCCUUGCUGCUGACAUUGAUGAGAUUGUAUACACAUCAACAGGAGACAUCUCCAUUUACUAUGAUGAGAAAGGAAGGAAGUUUGUUAAUAUCCUGAUGUGCUUUUGGUAUCUAACCAGUGCCAACAUCCCCAGUGAAACUUUAAGUGGAGCAAGUGUAUUCCAGGUUAAGUUGGGAGAUCAGAACAUGGAAACCAAACAGCUUCUUAGUGCAAGCUAUGAAUUUCACAGGGAGUUUACACAAGGAGUAAAGCCUGAUUGGACCAUUUCACGGAUUGAACACUCAAAAUUAUUAGAAUAAUCUUUCUUGGAAAAAUCAGCUUAUGGACUUUAGUAGUUGCUGUGAAAAACUAAGGAAGAAAAUCUUUUGGAUCAUUUGAUCUUUACUUAAUCAAGUCUGUGGAUUACUUUUGUAUUAUCUUGAAAUACUCUGCAGUAUAUUGGCAUGAUACAAUAAAGCAUUUUCCACGACUGUGAUCACCUUCUUUAAAAGCACUCUUAAGUAAACAAGCUACAAGAACACAUUAUUGGGGUCAUACUCUGUAUUGUUUUCAAUGUUAGAUAUAUAUGUAUAUAUACACAAACUAUAAGUUUAUAGCCAUAAUAAAGAAGGUAUUGAAAUAUUUAUUUA